AGAUGAGCGUUUCACGCGGUGAAUAAAAGCACCAUCAUCCUCCUGCAACAGGAACGUCGUUGUGCUGGAGAUAAGGGCAUCCUCCCAGCUCUGUACGCUCAUGACUACCGACUAGGGUCGCUCAUUUACGCUUCGAGCCGGGGGAUAACAGGACCGCAUCAUGGUGAAACACCGUCCCGAGAGAGACAGCUGGGGUGAGUGGUCCCUGAGUGACAAAAAUGUUUAUGAGUGGAGCUCCGAGGAGGAGGAGCCGGACGGACGAGCUCGGCCCAUCCAGGUGCUGCUGGUCAAAGACGACCACACCUUUGAGCUGGACGAGGCAGCGCUGAGUCGGAUCCUGCUGUCCGAGGAGGUCAGGGACCGCGAGGUGGUGGCCAUCUCCGUGGCGGGGGCUUUCCGCAAGGGCAAGUCCUUCCUCAUGGACUUCAUGCUGCGCUACAUGUACAACCAUUCGUCUGAAGACUGGCUCGGAGAUGCGAGCGAGCCUCUGACCGGCUUCUCCUGGAGGGGGGGGUCAGAGAGGGAAACCACCGGGAUCCAAAUCUGGAGCGAGGUCUUCCUGGUGGACAAACCAGACGGAAGGAAGGUCGCCGUGCUGCUGAUGGACACGCAGGGCACGUUUGACAGCCAAUCCACGCUGAGGGACUCGGCCACUGUGUUCGCCCUGAGCACCAUGAUCAGCUCCAUGCAGGUUUACAAUAUAUCACAGAAUGUACAAGAGGAUGACCUCCAGCACUUGCAGCUUUUCACCGAGUAUGGAAGACUAGCGAUGGAGGAGACCUUCCUUAAACCUUUCCAGUCCCUGAUUUUCCUGGUUCGGGACUGGAGUUUUCCAUACGAGUUUCCUUACGGACAGGAGGGGGGCAUGAAGUUCCUGGAGAAGAGACUGAAGAUCUCAGAGAACCAGCACGAGGAGCUUCAGAACGUGCGUAAACACAUCCACUCCUGCUUCACCAACAUCAACUGCUUCCUGAUGCCUCACCCCGGCCUCAAGGUGGCCACCAACCCUCACUUUGACGGAAGAAUUAAAGAGAUUGAUGGUGAGUUCAUCAACAUCCUGAAGGUCCUGGUGCCCUGGAUCCUCAGCCCCCGCAACAUCGACGUGAAGGAGAUCAACGGCAGCAAGAUCACCUGCAGAGGCCUGCUGGAGUACUUCAAGGCAUACAUUAAGAUUUACCAGGGUGAAGAGUUGCCUCAUCCAAAGUCGAUGCUGCAGGCUACAGCAGAGGCCAACAACUUAGCAGCAGUCGCAGCGGCGAAGGAUCUGUACAACAAAAAAAUGGAGGAGGUCUGUGGGGGCGACCGGCCCUUCCUGGCCCCCAGUGAGCUGCAGAACCGACACGGGGCCAUCAGGGAGGAGGCCCUGCAGCUCUUCCGCGGCGUCAAGAAGAUGGGCGGCGAGGAGUUCAGCCGCCGCUACCUGCAGCAGCUGGAGGGCGAGAUCGACGAGGUGUUCGUCCAGUACAUCAAGCACAACGACUCCAAGAACAUUUUCCACGCCGCGCGCACGCCGGCCACGCUCUUCGUGGUCAUCUUCGUCAUGUACGUGGCGGCGGGCAUCACGGGCUUUGUGGGCGUGGACAUCAUCGCCAGCCUGUGCAACAUGAUCCUGGGCCUGGCGCUGAUCACGCUCUGCACCUGGGCCUACAUCCGCUACUCCGGGGAGUACAGGGAACUGGGCGCCGUCAUCGACCAGGUGGCCGGGGCGCUGUGGGACCAGGGGAGCACGAAUGAGGCUCUGCACAAGCUGUACAAUGUAGCGGCCAAUCACCGGCACCUGUACCACCACGCUUUCCCCGGAGCGCACGCGGACGACGCCGCCGAGGAGCGGGACAAGAAGAAGGACUGAUGAUGACGCAGCAGGGACUCUUUUUUUGUUUUGUUUUGUUUGGGAUGGACAUCCUCCUCACCCGUUGGGCACUUCUUUACUCUGGCGUCGGCUGCUGCUGCGGCCAACAAAUCCAGUCACUACUUUAAUCCUUAUAUUGAACUUUACAACGUUCAUGCAUCAGAAAUGUCGGAGCGCCGCCGCGGUGAUGGGCGUCAGUCGUCGCGUGGGCGCCAGUCUUUCACCGUCGUCUUUCACCUUUUUUGUCUCUGGGCACUCAACUGGAGGAGACUUCCGAGUCUGCUGUUUAUUUCAUAUCACACAAGAUUUCUCAGUCGUUUAAUGCCGGGGCAAUUCUUAUUCUUCUCCCCCCUCCCCCCAAAAGUGUUGCUGACUUUAUUGAAAUAGCCACUUGUGACAAACGUUCAGUUCUUUAGGGUUUCGUGCUGUUUAUAUCUAAGAUCUGCAAAAGGCCAAAUUAUGUACAGUGUGUUGAAUAAUGAAGCAGCAUUAUCUGCAUGUUGAUGUUUCUCAUCUUUAAGCUCAGAAUUCAGGUAUACUUUUUAAAAGAAUAUAUCUAUAUGUUUUAACGGUUGUGACAAAGUGGUAUUGUGCCAUAAAAUGUAAAUGUUUUGUCUUAUUUUUAUUUUUUAUUUUUUACAUCUGUGUCAGCCUGGGUAAAUCCAGACACACAAAGGUACGGUCUUAGUUGGAGGCAAUGCAGUGCCUUGCAGAUUUUGGUCAUGUUGGAACCACAAACCUUCAAUGUAUUUUAUUGGGACUUUCUAUCAUUUUCUACUAUUCAGCUGCAUUUUCCCCUCUUUUCUUGGCAGCGCCAUCAGCUAGGAUGAAGAGCAUUUGUGAAGAUCAAUUUUUUAAUUUGCCACACCGAUUCUCAAAGUCAUUGACCAGUGGCAAUGACUUUGACUAGGCCCCUCUAGUCCUCAUAUGCACUAUUGUGUUGAAUAGCUGACCUGCUAAAAGGUGAAAUUCAGUUUCCAGUCUUAUAGCUUCUGUUAUGAAUUUUCUUUAGGGAUUAAUAACAUUGUUUUUUUGUUUUUCAUUUUAUUGAGUUGAAUCAACUCUAAGCAGCCUCCUAUAACCUGCUGAAGAAAAGCAUCCCCACAGCAUGAUGCUGCCACUACCGUGCACUUGAACUUUUGCAUAAUUUAACACUCCCAGCACAAUAUUUCCUGUUGAGUGAAAUAUUUUUACUUUUAGUGCACUACUUGCCAUAUUUAUUAAUUUUUUUUAGUUGGUUAUGUUUCAUUUGCAUGAGAUGCAACCUUUUACUCAAUUACAAUUGGAAUUGUGACACUUUUUGGUAUUUUAUCAUAAAAAACAUUGAAGAACGUGGUUAUAAACGUGACAAAAAGUGGAAAGGUUUCAAGGUGAAAGCUUUUCCAAGGCACUGUAUGUUUUGAAAAUGCUCCAGGAGAAGUUGAGGCGUUUCAAUGCAGCAACAGUUCCAAGUUCCCAGAACACGACUGGCAUCAUCAUCAUCAUCAUCAUCUCAUCUUUUUAUUCCGCUUGCAGCUUCGCAUUUGUGCAGCAUCUCUUCUUUAUCCCAGUGCAUGUGUGUUUGGCUUUUGAAGUCGAGAGGUUGUGUACGUGUGUGUGUGUGUUUAGCGUCUAUCAUGACAAACAGGAGGCCGACGGACCCGUUGUUCUGUCUCUCGCUGAAUGUUCCAGCAAAUCCCAGGAAUGUAGCCGUUCUGCGCCCGCAGAGGAAUCAAAGCUGGAUGUUGCCGGGCGUGGCCACAGGCCCGGCUUUGGGAAAAGGCUCCUCAUUCCAGAUCUCAUCUGUCAUCUUUAACACGCGUAACUUGAACCCUCUGAGCGAAAAAACUCAGUCGCGUGGUGACAAGAGGAGCCUCGAGCUCACAUUCGUCGUAAACACAAAGCUUUUUGAUGGUGACAGACUUUUUUUUUUGGUGUGUGGAUGCUUUGAGUUCACUGCUUGGUCUCUACAGUCUUCCACAGGGUGUAAUCAGCAUCAAGGAGGCUUUCAAUCGGAUCGUUUUGCUUCUUAAAAUCCCGUACGUUGACUGUUUUAGGUGUUCCUUUUCAUGAGUCAGAGAAGUCGUUUUGUUUCGAAUGAGAUAGAAAACACUUUUAACGUUUUUUUUCCCCCACAUCAUCCCUCUCCUACGCUUAAAGGCAAGUGUUAAACAAGUCGACAUCUUUCAAACUAGCUGUUUGGCUUCAGCACACUGCAAUUUGUCACCAAGAGAUAAAUAAAGUUGGACCAAAUUAACGAAAACAAACCUUUCACAUGAUUUUUUUUUAUAGAAUAAUUUGGAGAGAAUCUGAGUUUAGUUUUCAAAUGCAGCAUCCUUAUUUAACUCCUGAUUGAGAAAUUUAUAUACCUGCCAUUUACUUAGGGUUUUUUUUCUUUUAGUGAUUUGUCUGAACAGAUUGAUUUUUCUUUCAAAGUAGGGUAGAUUACUUUAAAUUUAUAGUGGAUUUUCUCUAAUCCAAACAGACAAAAGUUACACAAUCAAGGAGCAGCAACAACUCCAGUGCAAACAGACAUUUUUGCCCUCAAUGUCAACAAAUUCAUUUCCAGAGUUGUAAAACCCUUCAAAAAAAAUGACCAAACAAAAAAGUGAUACUUUAAAAUAUAAUUUAAAACAGGAGUGCUUUGAAAUUAAAUUUAACUGGAGUUGGAUUUAUAUUUUAGGAUAUUUUGGGGAGAAUUCAUGUUUUACAAUAACCAGAACCACCACUUUCACAAACCAGCUGCCCGUUAAAGUGCUGAACUGAUGCGAAGACUGUUUUUAUCACCGAUAGCUGAUUUUAUUAAACUAUUUUAUGUUUAUGUUCAGUUAAAUUCAAAAUGCAAGUCCAAGGUAGCACACAAAAAAAGACACCCUUUAAAGACACUUCUGCACACUGGACGAGUCACAUGAGGGGGUUGGGUGAACCAAAACUGAUUUUGGAAAAGAUGAAACAGCCCAACAUUAAGUUUCUGACUUGAACACAAUUGAAAAUCUGUGGACUGUUUAAAAGUUGCCUUUAUCAGAAAACCAACUAAAAAGAGUGGCCAAAUAUCCCACCAGAAGCUUGUUGGAGGCAACGAAAUUAUAUUUCUGCAACCUGCUGAGGAAUUUUAAACUCAAAAGAAGUGCAUGAAUGUACGCGAGCCUGAAUGCAACG